AUACGUCAGGGAGAGACAGGGGAAGAGGAAGUGUCUUGGGUGCUGCGGAGGACUGGCUUGCAUUAGUGGGUGGGGACGGAUGGUCAUUGUGAGCUUUCUGGACACGCAGAGACCUACAGGAUGGAUUUUCUCCGGCUUCACCUCCCUGGGCUGCAUCAGGCCUUGAGGGGAGCACUGGAUUCCCUCAAUGCUUUUGUGUCCUACCUCAUAGGAGAUACAGUCCCCACGGUAGCGAGGGAGCCGCAAGCAGCUGAGGAACUGGGGGAGCUGGCUGCGGGAGAUCCAGGGAAAGUGGUAGAGGAGGAAGCCCAGGAGGGACUGAAGGGACUUGGAAGUGGCCAGAGCAAGGGGGUAGAAGCACCUAAAGCGACUAUAAGAUGCCAAGAAGGAAGUUUAGCUGGCGAACAGACCUGGGGGUGGAGAGCAGACAGCUCUGCAAGGCCCCAAGGAGAAAGGCAGGACACUGGGUCCAGGAAGGCAGCUGAGGGGGCCAGGAGCCAGGAGCCAAGUGUUCCAUGGAAGCCCGAGGCUGGGUCUGGGGUUCACAGAGACAGGAGCAGCAAUAGACCCCAGGAACUCUGGGAGCAAGGUGAGGAGGAAGUGAGCAGUGGGGAGCUACUGAGAACCUAUGAACAGGAGGAAAGAAAGGGGGAGGUGGUCAGAGCAGCAGAGCCAGGGAUGGCCAGGGGGGUGGAGUCACAGCCAACCUGGCACAAGGAGCCUGAGGGGAAUGCUGGUACUGAUGGGCAGAAUGUAGCAAAGGACAGCAAAGAAACAGACUGGGUGGCCAAGGAGGUAGCUGCUGAGACAGACUCGGUGACCAAGGAGGUAGCCGCUGAGACAGACUUGGUGACCAAGGAGGUAGCCGCUGAGACAGACUCGGUGACCAAGGAAGUAGCCACUGAGACAGACUGGGUGACCAAGGAGGUAGCUGCUGAGACAGACUCGGUGACCAAGGAGGUAGCUGCUGAGACAGACUCGGUGACCAAGGAGGUAGCCGCUGAGACAGACUGGGUGACCAAGGAGGUAGCCACUGAGACAGACACGGUGACCAAGGAUGUAGCCGCUGAGACAGACUCGGUGACCAAGGAUGUAGCCGCUGAGACAUACUCGGUGACCAAGGAUGUAGCCGCUGAGACAGACUCGGUGACCAAGGAUGUAGCCGCUGAGACAGACUCGGUGACCAAGGAUGUAGCCGCUGAGACAUACUCGGUGACCAAGGAUGUAGCCGCUGAGACAUACUCGGUGACCAAGGAUGUAGCCGUUGAAGUGGAGGGGUUUGGGGCCAGAGAGGCUGAUGAAGAAGAGGAGAGGAUGGUCUCCGUGAAGGAUAGCCUUAGUGCAAGGGCACAGGGGACACAGUGCCCAGGGGCAGAACCUGAGGACUGGGCCGUAUUGGGUAGAGAGGCCUGGACAGUCUCAGGCAGGGAGGAGGCUGAGAGCCUAGGAAUUCAGGAGGCAGAAUAUAGGCCAGACUCAGGAGACAACAUCGCAGAAGCUACAGGGAGACUCUGGGUCCUAGAGGAGGCUUGCAAGGGAGACCAGCAGGAUGAGCCUGAUGAGAAGAGAGAGGCUCAAGUUAGGCUUCUACCCCAGACCCUGGAGACCGAGAGAACCGAACAGACGACUGAAGGCCAGCUAGCAGGGAGGGAGGCUGUGGGAGGCCAGGAGAUAGGGGACAGUCUUGAGGAUGACGGGAGGCAAGACUCAGCAAUGGGGAGUGAUGGGGGGAAUCUGGAAGAGAGGAUGCAGGCAGAAGAGUCCCCCAGGGAGGAAGGGAGCUACCUGGCCACAGAGGCUAUGCUAGUCCUGGCCAAGGAGGUUACAGAUAAGCCUGACUGGGAAGAAUCUCCAGAAGCCAGGCCGGAGGAACUGUUUAUGGGAGAGAAGAUUGAGGCAGCCCAGAUGAGAGCAGAGGUAUUGAAAGCAGAGGUCGCUGAAGGACAGGACUCUGAGCUGAUGAGGGGUUCCCAGACCUUGACUCCUCAACUUGAGGAAGGGCAGGAGGGUCAGGAAGAGACUAGGAGAGCUCCAGACCCGAGCCCAGAGGGGACGCUAUGCUUGGAGGAAUAUCCCAGGCCUGUGGAGUUUACAGGUCCUGAGUUAGAAGCCUGGGGAAGCUGGAGAAGGGAUGCGGACAGCAGAAAUAUCCAGAAGGUAAAAGCAGAUGUUGAAGCAGGUGAGGCAGAGACCGCUACAGGGCCAGCUGUGGAGAUCCAGACUGAAGGAGGCCAGGAGGCCCAACACCCAGAAACCCCAGGGUGGGGAGCAGAGGAGGCACUGGCCUCCAUAGCAGUGAACCAGGAGCUGGAAGGAAGCCAAGGAGCCGAGACAGGGCCAGGCCAGUCAGUGGGAGGAUCUGAGCUCACAGAAAACAAGGCUAGUGAGGGGGAGGCUGCAGAGCUUUGGGGAGCAGACGGAACGUGCGGGAAGGAUAGGCUAGAGGAGGAGGCUCCGAGCCCGCAGGACAGAGAGGAUACGCAGACUACUAGUUCUUUGGCUGCCGAGAUUAUCGUGGGUAUCAGGACUGUCGGGGCUGAGGAAGAGCUAAGAUGGGAAGCUGGGAUAGCUCCAGAAAGGGGGGCUGGGGGAGGCACGGAGCUGGAGGACGCUACAGAGAGGCAGAGUGGGCAAGGAGUUGGCUUGGAGGGUUCAGCAGAGGAGGAGGUGUCCGCCUACGAAAUCCAAGAGAGUGGUGGAACUGGAGAGGAAGAAGAGGCAGCGAUGGGGACAUCUGUGAUGGCAGAAGGGCUAAGGGGGGUGGAUGGUGUGACCGGAAGCUCCCAGGCAGAGAAAGCAGAGGGGCUUCUGGGACAUCAGAGGCUCCUGGAAGAAGAGGCUGGAAGAGCGCAAUCAACGGAGUCGGGGGACCAAAGUUCCAAGAGAGAGCCACAAGAUGUGGAAGACGCUGUGAGCGAAGGACAGAGUGCAAAGAUCCAGGAGGCCGAUCCGGAAGCUCUGGAGGACUCUUCCGGCCUGGAGAGGCAGCAGUCACACCAGAUCCCCACACUAGCUGUGCCUGAGUCAGCCUCUGAGUCAGCUGAGGCCACAGCAGGUGCCCCAGGGGGUGCUCACGGCAGCUGGAAUGAGGACCUGCUCCCUGGGUCCCGCCUGGAUGUCUCUGUCCCCCGGAGCCGCGUGCUUCUCUCACGAAGUUCCUCACGGCGGCGCUCAAGGCCCUCUUUGCGUCGUAUCUCUGCUCCUGAACCGCACCAUGACCCUCCCAGCCCCCAACCCCAGGAGGAGCCGGCAUUGUCAUUCCCCGAGCAGUCACUUCCCCAAUUUGUAGAAACUCCAGAGCUAAGUGCCACAAGGCCCGAAGGGACCCCAGUGCCAGCCAGGAGAAAAAUGCUGGGACAUGGGUUUGGCUUUGCUCAUCCUGGCAUGAUGCGGGAGCUGCAAGCCCGACUGGGCAAGCCAAAGCCACAGUGACGUGGGCCUAGAGCCCUUGUGAGUCAAGCCUGCUAAGGGAGGAUCAGAAGGCUCCUCUGGACCCUGGUCACCCUCGACUCCCUCGGACACUGGAAGACAUCUUUUUCACCCUCUGGGACUCAGCCUAAAUCGGAUGUUUAUGCAGACCUUGACUCUAAGAAGUCUGAUUUCCCCAGUGUGAGCUGCUGGA